UGCUUUGGCUCUGUGGAGACGUUGUGUGAUGCUAAUCUCUUGUCUCUACGCAUGUGUUAUGUCCAUUGCUGGUUCUAUAAAGUCACACUCAGAUUUCACAGACACUCAGUCCUGGUCUUCAUUGUCAUUCCCACAGUCUCUCCUCUCCUGUGAGUACAAGUCAUCAUGGCAACUAAGAUAGUGAUUCAGCAGCCUAAGCCCCUCGUUUUGGCUCCUGGUUCUGACCAGUGGUCCACCAGCAUCUGUGAAUGUGACAACCUCAAUGAUUGUUGCUUUGCGUUCUGGUGCUGCCCAUGUUUCGCCUGCAUCACAGCCAGAGAUCAUGGAGAAUGUCUCUGCCUGCCUCUAUUGGACAGUUUCGGCCUCAUCCCACCCAUCACUAUGGCAAUGAGAGUGUCUGUCCGACGCACCUAUGGCAUUGAGGACUCUAUUUGCAAUGACUGUGUGUUAUCCUUCUGCUGUGGGCCGUGCUCCUAUUGCCAGAUAAGACGUGAGAUGAAGGCUCGCAACCAACCCGUCACCCUCUUAAGCUACCGAGGAAAAUAAAACACUUCAUCAUCAGUCACCAAAUUGUAACUUCAACUCUAAAAUGAACUCCAUUUGGAAUUCAGUUCUGACCCAAGCAGUGAUGUGGAUUUCAGUUGUAGUCUGCUGAGGAAUGAAGACUGAAAACUCUUCUCUAAAAAUAUAUGAUUCUUUAGGGUAACAACCAUAUUGAUGCUUCUUUAGACUUAAUGGAACACUGUUUGUAUCAACUGUGAGUUUAUCACAGGAAUCAUUAGGUCCUUGUUAAUUUUGUUUCAAAGCUGUUGCUUUUUAGUUAUGUUUUGUUUAAUUUUAUGAAUAUUUUUUAAUGUAUUGUCAUUGCAUGUGUUGAAAUAAAAAGAAUUAUGAUAAAAACUGCA